UGGUAUAAUUACCUAAGUCACAUAUUAUUACCCCCGUCUCCAUCCCGGACCCCGUAUGAUAUGAUGUGCAUUGGUGUGCGUAUCUAUAUCUAAACGGCUGUUACUUUACAUCACAAAAAUUCACCCCUCGAAUGUCAAUGCAGGGAUGAAGAUGAAUAUAGGCAAACCCCUCGCAAAGAAACCAGCAUUUUUAAAAAACACGAUACACGAACCAGCAGGAGCAGAUGUUCCUAUAUAUGUGCUGUGUACACAAAAUACAACUCCGCUACCGUCGUCGAAACAUUGGAUUGAACAUUGAAUUGAAUUAUAUUCGUUUCGUUUUCGUUCUUCAUUUUAGGGAGAAGGGACCGCUCUCGUUUUUAACUCCGACUUCGACGUCUACAUCGACUUCAAUUGAGUGUUCGCCAAGAUCGCGUGCUCAGUUCCAGAAAGGAUCUCGUCGUGGAAAGUUCAUAAAUUCAGUACGAACUACGAAAUAAAUUUUAAAAAGGUUCUAAGUUUUAAUUUAACACCAAAAAAAAACCUUAAGCUAAAUGUUGUGUUGUUAAAAUAAGAAAUAUUUAAAAAAAUCUAAAUAUGUCACGUCACAAUUAUACCAAUCCGGCCUUUUGCCAAAAUAGUGAAUUCUAUCCAUCAUCAGUGUCGUCGGUUCAUCGCGAACAAGACCAUCAACAGUCUUUUUACAAUCGCAGUUUGAAUUUUUCCACCUCUUCGGCUUCAGCUUCGGCAUCGGGUUUAGCGACGACAACGAGGCCAGUGAAAAAUGCUCGCGACGGUCCACUUCGCAUUCAGCGAAGCGUGUCUACGCGAUCGUUUCGAACGUUGUCUCAUAAGAACACACCCGUCGAGAGACGCUUCGAUGCAACUUCGCCACCUAGACCUGGCCCUAAGCCGGGGGUGCAUUUAAAUCGAACAACUGGCCCUUUUGAAUCGCGAUCGGGAAGUGGCCGUUACGCACUAGUGCCCGUCGAGGAAUUGCCAUCAACACGGAAAGACCGCUACGCCAUCGUUCCUGGUCCGGAACCAUCGGAUAUCGUUACACCUCGGAGGUUCGUCAAGAGUCAGGACAAUCUAGAUCGGUAUUCUCAUUUGCCCAUUGAUAAUGGUCCAUCUUCAAUGCAUGAAGAGGAGUCAUCGGAGCAGUAUACAAGUCUACCACCGAUUUCCAUGUAUGAGGAACAGCCCCGGAUGAAGCCAGCUUUUUCCAGUGAUUUCGGAAGUAAGACAUUUGUGCUCGUUGACCAGAAGAGCAAUCAACGUUAUGCCAUGGUCCCGACGGCAGAAGAUGAGGAGCUUGUCGAUGAUAACCAUGAAAUCAUCCAAAUGCACAAUGGAAGAGCCCAUCGCUAUGCCGUGAUACCAACAGAAGAUGAGGAGGAAACGUGUCUUAGCACAUCAGAUCUCAACCAGAGUCAUAGUAAUCAUGAUCCUGCUUCUCGCACCCCUCUACAGACGUCCACCCCACAAAAGGGGACCAUGAUUUCCUCGUACCCAAACACUCCUCUGAAGAAUCCCGCUGCAACUAGGAAACUCCAUGAAUUACUGUCCACCCCAAGGAAGACUCCAAUCAAGAGGACAAUGUCAACUCCCAGGCACAGUAAUCCCAACACUCCACGUUACUACCAAAGUCAACAAAUCUAUCCCAGCCAUCCGGAGCGGAAGAAGGAGCUGUCUCCCCAUAGACUCCAGUACGAGUGCCCCCAACAGAUGCAGAGACAUGCCCAAGUGGAUUCUCGGACAACUGCUGUGAUCCAGCCGAGAGUGGCAAUGGCUGUGAAUCCAGGCGACGAGAGCCUGAACAAGACUUGGGACAGUUCUUAUCCACAAAAAGUGGCAAAUGCCACUGCAACUUUAGCCGUGGUAUCGCUGAUGCUGAUUCUAGGAAGUGCUAUGAAUUCUGGCCUUUGUAUCUAUAUGAUUGCUCAUAUGGGAAAAUCAUUCUAUCUACAGUUCAGUCUAGCUGCAGCUUUCUGUGGCGUCGGACUUGGAUUUUUGGGUUUCCGAUCAAGACACAGCGAAUGGUUGCCAAAUCGUAGCUACACUUCAGGCUAUGUCCUUGUCACUUUGUUCUGCCUGCUUAAAUGCUGUGGAUUACUUGUGUUGCUAGCAUUGGAUCCCUAUCCAGGAUUUGCCUUGCAUGAUGUCACAACUGGUGUGAUUCUAGGACUAUCGGCAUUUACUAUAUUUUUCAUUGGACUUGGAGUCGUUGGAUCUUUUUGGUGCUACAGACCACCACCAGAUAAUAGGGUUAAUGUUGUUUAUUGAAUAAUAUUUAAUAAGUUCAUAAUAUUCUCUUAAGUAUCUAUAUAAUUUGUAUUUUAGAAAUUAGACAUUUUGUAAGACUGUAAAUAGGUUGUAAACUUAACGGUUGAAUAUUUAUUCAUUAAUUUAUUCCACUUAAUUGUUAUUUUAAAAAUUAAGUUAUUUAUCAAUUUAAAAAUUAUAUUUUUAUUUUAUGUAAUGAAAAUGGUUGUAAACAUAAAAUUUUA